AUGGUGCCAACUGUGCCUCCAAGUAUGCCAUAUGCUAUCUCAUGGUUACACAAAGAAAUCGCUGUUCAAAGAGGUAUUGCGCCAAGUUGUCCAUGUCCAAUGAAUCUGUACGACGUUAAUUUAUGCCCAUCUGUCGGCGUUUGCUAUCGAGAAAGUACUGCCGUGACCUACGCUCUCGGACCGACGUGCACAGCGAUGUUGAACUGUCCAGCAGAAUAUUAUGUAAAAUUUUUGCUCGAAAGUGGUGGACAUCUCGACAAUCGAGACGCUGCGAAAACUCACAAGUCUCCAUGCAAAAUCUGCUCAUCAAUCGAACGCAUCCCGAAAGGACUUUGUCCGCCAAAUUACACUUGCUUAGAGCCGCUAAUCAAUACUGUGACCGACUCAACCAACUGCGAAUAUUCAGUAAUUGAAUGUCCAGGAUCUGAUAUGGUAGUACAACUGAAAUCAGGUUCAAGCUCUAUUGUUUACCGACAAGAUGUGCGUUGUGAUGGAACGUGGAUUUACCAUGAUGGUCAUCGCAAGCAUCAAGUGGAGAACAUGCUUUGUCUGAUAAAAGGAUAA